AUGGGUAGAAAACUACCUAGAGGUGGCCGUUCAUUUCACGUAGAAUGCAUCGAUAUGUGGCUGAAUUCUCAUUCAGAUUGUCCAAUGUGUCAAGCUCAAGUUGUAUGUGAUAAUAAGAUUGUCGAUGCUAAUUCAACAGUGCAUGAUUUGAGAACGAAUGAUAGAGAUUGUGGAGACUCAUUAGCGAUGAGUUUCAGUGAGAUUGAUAUGGGUAAUGAGGUUUCUGAAUUGGAGAUCAUAGUUGACGUACCGUAUUCUAAUUCGAUAUCAGUAUGUUCAUCAUCCUCGUCGUUAUCGUCUCAAACAUCGUUGUUGGGUGGCUCCCUGAGCAAGAAUAGAUCUAGACGAAAGAAUUCAAAGUGGCUUGAUGCCACCUUGGAAGACUCUGCCAGGGCCGGAGUUACCUGUGGCCCUCACUCAAUCUUUUAA